ACCAACAAACUACCUACGCCGGCACCCAUAGAAACAACUGGCAGCAUAGGAGAAGGAUUAAGUUUUCAACCGAGUUUGAAAUUAAGCAAAAUUAUCAAAAUGGAACUUCCUCGUCCCCCAGAAGACAUUGAGCUUCGAAACAUAAUCGACAAACUGGCGCAGUUUGUAGCGAGAAAUGGUCCAGAAUUCGAGCAAAUGACCAAAAACAAACAAAGAGACAACCCAAAAUUUGGAUUUCUGUUUGGUGGAGAAUAUUUCAACUAUUACCAGUUCCGUGUCACAACAGAGCAAGCCAUCUUGAAACAAAAAUAUGUCCGGGAACAAAGUCAACCGAUGAGCUACCCCCUCAACUAUGGCCCACCUCCCAUUGCAGAACACCCUGGCCCUGGCUUCAACAGAAAUUACAAUUAUGGCCCAUCAUGGCCAAGGCCUCACCAACAACCACCAGUACCCAGCCCGAUGUCCUACCCUGGGCAAAAUCCGAUCCCUCCCCAAACAGAUCUGAUUGCCUUAAAAGGGGCUAAGGAUGUACUGGUUGCCCAGCAGACUCAACUUCAAGAACAGAUCAAACAAAGUGAGAGCAAUUUGGCUGCUCAACAUCAGGUGACAGUUCAACAGCAGAAAAAGCAAACAGAAGAAACUGUCAAACUGCAACAUGAGAAAGAAGUUAUGGAGAAAGCACUUGCAUGUGGCAUGAAUUUGGCAGAGUUUGAAUUGCUUCUGCUGCCCAUUAUGGAGUCUUGCACCAAAGAAUCUAUCUCACAGGGCAAAGCAUGGAUACUCCACCAUGUGCUGCAAGCACAUUCCUCCUCUGAUGCCAUUGCACAAUACCUUCUCUUCAAAACAAUUCAGAGCAAUCAAUUCACCCAGAAACUUCAUUUGAUCUAUUUGGUCAACGACGUGCUGCAUCACUGCCUACGUAAAGGACCAGACACGCUAUUGAAAACCCUUGAACAAGUCGUCGUACACAUGUUUUCCAAUGCUAGUCUGGCGGCAACGGACGAGGAGCAGAACGCCAAGUUACAAAAACUGGUCGUUUUGUGGCAGUCAAAAAACAACUUGUUUGACCGUGGUCUACUAGAAAGGUUACACGCGCCUUUGCAAUUGUGGAACGAGUACCAUAAUAGCUUGGCGGCGAAAUACUCCACAGCCGUAACCAAUGCCACUAGCCACAUACAACAUACCUACGAAAACUAUCGGAGUCAACAUCAAGCAUUUGUCAAUCAUGCAAAUCACCAGAUCCAGCAGUUGGAACAACAAAAACUACAAAUUGAAGAGCAGAUUGCCGCCGCUGCCAGUUUACAGCCAUACAGUGCUCCCCAUCAUACCAUGCCUCCCGAUUUUCUUUCUCGUCCACCGCCUAUUGCUGCCCUCAACGUUCCUCAAAAUUACCCGACUGAAGGGAUCGAACCCAAGGCCCCUUAUUUCGACUUACCAGCGGGAUUACUUGUGCCUCUCGUGAAAAUGGAAGAGAGCGAGUACAAGAGCAUUGAUCCGAAAGACAUUCGCUUGCCCGCGCCUCUGCCACCAUCUGAGCGGUUGAUUGCUGCCAUUGAUUUCUUCUACGCGCCGCCAUCGCACGACCGACCACGCAACGCUGAUGGGUGGGAACAAAUGGCUCUAUUUGAAUUUUACAAAAAUAAAGCAGCUGCCAAGAAGAAGAAAGAAGAUGAUAUUGCUGCAGGAUUACGAGAAUUGUCGCCGCCUCCUACUCCUAUCGAAGCUGCAGAAGAAUAUUCGCAAGAAGCGGGUGGUAAAAAUGGAAUCAGAAGUCCAGUUCGUCGACGCUUCCGCAGCGAGUCACCAGAGGAAGAGCUUAAAGAAGAAACGAGACGGGCGAGAUCAAGGUCUGGAUCACCAAGGGGCUCACAGAAACGCCGCAGAAGUCGAUCGAAUUCAGAAUCACCUCGUCGGACUGUAUGUUCUACGUCUCCUACACCUACGCGUUCGGAAUCGAGAUCAAAUUCGCCUGUUGUUAUGACAAGAUUUCAGCCAAAAAGGAGUCCUACACCGCCUUCAGAAAUGGCAUCGCUGUCCUUCGCCAAAGGUUUCACGAAUAAGUUGGACGAAAAUAAUCGAGGACAUCAACUGCUAUGUAAAAUGGGAUGGGGAGGAGCUGGACUUGGCGCCAAUGAACAGGGUAUCGCUGAACCCAUUAAAGGCGGAGAGGCUCGUGAUCGCGUAGAUCAAUUCAAAGGUGUCGGCAUUAAUAUUCGCGAUCCAUUUGAAAAUUUCCGCAAAAGCAAAGGUCAAGCAUUCAUCACGAGAAUGCGUUCACGCGCCGAAGAACGGGAGAAAGAAAAAGGUGAAACUGAUGAACCUCCUACACCCUAAUCUAUCUUAUUGCAAUUACGAAAAUACAGUUGAUUUUCUAAUUA